AGGCUAAUCUCAGCCAGAAAGAAACGCGCUCACGGCACGCUAACAAAAACCAGACCACGCGGAACGGCAACCAACAGUUCUUCACAACGGAACAGGGGGGAUACGAGAAAGAGGAGAAGAGCUCCCAGAUUCUCUCGCUUGCUCGCUCGGUCGCCUGUGCGCGCUUGAUUUCAUCUUCCAUCCCCUCGCACGCGAUUCCUCUGUCCCUCUCUCCGGCGGCUGCUCCGAUCCCAAACCGUGAUUCGCGCGAUGGCGGCCAUCGCCGGCGGCAACAAGAUCCGCAACGCCAAGCUGGUCCUUCUUGGGGACGUGGGCGCCGGCAAGUCCAGCCUGGUCCUCCGGUUUGUCAAGGGCCAGUUCGUCGAAUUCCAGGAAUCAACCAUCGGCGCGGCCUUCUUCUCGCAGACUCUGGCAGUUAACGACGAGACGGUGAAGUUCGAGAUAUGGGACACGGCGGGGCAGGAGCGGUACCACAGCUUGGCUCCCAUGUAUUACCGGGGCGCUGCGGCUGCCAUAGUUGUCUACGACAUCACGAAUGCGGCCUCUUUUACACGUGCGAAGAAAUGGGUUCAAGAACUUCAAGCACAAGGAAACUCAAAUACAAUAGUGGCUCUUGCUGGGAACAAGGCUGAUUUGUUAGAGGCAAGGCAGGUGCCAGCAGAAGAAGCAAAGGCGUAUGCUCAAGAGAACAGUCUCUUCUUUAUGGAAACUUCUGCUAAAACAGCUAUCAAUGUGAAUGACGUGUUCUAUGAGAUUGCGAAGAAAUUGCUUCAAGGGCAGCAGGUUCAGAACCCACAAGGCGGAAUGGUUCUCAACCAGAGACCACCUGAGAGGAUGGUGAGCUCUUCUUCGUGCUGCGCGUAAAGCACAAGCUGGAGCAUGGAUUACAUAUCUCAUGGCCUGAAUUCCAAGAACAGUAUCUAAGCAAUGAAGAAUGUCUCGCCGAAUCUUGUGAAGUAGUUGCCAUCCCAGCUGCUAAAAUCCUGUAUUUUUUACUGCUUGUUCAUUGCUUCCUUGUAAAUGUGAAUACUAGAGUGUUACUUCAGAGAUUCACGAGUGUACCUACAGUGCAUGAUCGUGCUUGUCUUUCUAAGGCUAGAGAGAACAUAGUAACAGAUUCGUUUGAUUCACUUGUUCAAAUCGUGCAAUCUCAAAAUUACAAUCUUUCAGGCUUCAUUCAGAUGCAA